AUGAUGAUCUCAGGUGCGCGCCGCACGUCCACUGGACUUAGCGGAGAUAUCUGCGGAAAUCAUAUUCAACAAUUUGACGAGGUGGACAGUGGCGGCGGUGGCUCCACCGAAGUAAUGGUGUACUCUCUUGGCUGGGGCAUGGGCGAGCCGGAGCGGCGAAGCGAGCGCAAGCGAACACAGCCGCCCGCCUCGGCGCACACGCUGUCACCAGACGAUGGCCAUGAGGUGGAUGUUCUGCCUCUACACAAUCAAGUUGGCGGUCACACGAGACUGCUAGUUCUCAACGACAGUACCGUGAUCAAACCCCUCAAUAUCAGAGAACUGCAUUUCUACCAGAACAUUCCUGAAGACAUCCAAGGCUUUGUCCCCAGAUAUAAAGGCGUGAUGCAGGCAUCUCACAUGGGUGGAACGAAAUUGGAAAAGCGCUACUCGCCGUGUUUCCGCGACGAGAACGGGCGCAAGCAGUCGCUGACGGGCAAGCGCAAGCGCGACGAUGUGUUCAAAUUUAGAGUCCAUCGGAACGGCAACGCCAGCGAAGUGCUCAAGAGUAUUGCGCAUAUGGAUAAUUCAAAUAAACAAUAUUUUCUCAUGAUGGAGAACAUAACGUCGUCGUAUCGUCGGCCAUGCGUGCUCGAUCUAAAAAUGGGCACGCGGCAGCACGGCGACGAUGCGAGCGCUGAGAAACGGACGAAGCAAAUCGCUAAAUGCGCGGCUAGUACGUCCGGCUCGCUUGGAGUUCGACUUUGUGGGAUGCAGGUGUACCUUCCCGAAACGGGCGCGUGCCUCCGACGUGACAAGUACUGGGGACGCGGUCUCACUGAGAGCGGAUUGCGUGACGCACUCCGCGACUUCUUUGCCGCGGGUGGCGGUUUAAGAGCGCGCGUUGUACGCCGGGUGCUGAGAGAUUUAGAUUCACUAAGACGGGCCAUCGCCAAACAGACUAACUACAGGUUUUAUUCGUGCUCUCUAUUAAUCGUAUACGAAGGUGACGUGACACCCCAGCCCGAAGAUUCAGGUGUUUCAACAUCCGAGUACGAGGGUGACGCAUCUAGCAGUUCCGCAGAACUGGCGCCUUCCGGACACUUUGACAUGUCCACCUUACACGACGAAAUGCCCGCGGAAUCAUCACGGAAACGCGAGCCGUUCCGCCCUCAUUGCGAGGAAACUAUGGGAGGCUUUGAAGAUGCCGAAUCCGCCGGUCCGCCUUCACCGCGGCCACACCCGCCGAGUCCCGAUUCAGCAGAUAGCUGGAUGGCCUAUUCGUCAGCCAGCAGCGAUUCGUGGCGAGCUGAAAACGAAACCGAAGCGGAGAACGAGACCGAAGGGAGCGGGAAAAGAGCCAGAACUCGUGGCGGCUGGGAGGCUCCGCAGAGUCCUGAAGAACGAGUCGACAUCCGCAUGAUAGAUUUCGCGCAUACGGCAUACGCUGGCGCCGCAGCAGAGUCACCCCUCGCCACUGCCACCCCACACGAUGGCCCCGAUUGCGGUUUCCUCACCGGAGUGGACUCUCUCAAACGUCUCCUAACUGAAAUCCUUCUACCCCCGCCCUACAGUUAA